AUGGCAGCUCAAAACCUUGAAACCCACCGCGGGCGAGAUAUCGAGAAGCAAGCGUCCAGCGACGAGCUGCCCCCAACCGAAUCACGACCCGAAUCAGAAGAGCCCAAAGGCAGGACCAUCCACGGCCCCCGCUGGCUCGUCAUCUGCACGGCGAUCUACACCACGUGCACGCUCUACGGCCUCGACACCACCAUCGCCGCCGACAUCCAGGGCCCCGUCGUCGAGACCCUGGGCCACGUCGAGCAGCUCUCCUGGGUGGGCGCCGGGUUCCCGCUGGGCUCCGUGUGCGUCAUCCUGAUGCUCGGCCGCCUCUACAAUCUGUUCAACACCAAGUGGAACCUGAUCGCCACCGUGGUGCUCUUCGAGGCCGGCUCGGCGCUCUGCGGCGCCGCGACGACCAUGAACGCCAUGAUCGUGGGCCGUGUCAUCGCCGGCGUCGGGGGGAGCGGCAUCUACCUCGGCUCGCUGCAGUACAUAUCGAUCACGACCGGGGAGAAAGAACGCGGCUUCUACAUAUCUCUCGUCGCUCUGUUUUGGGGCCUAGGUGCUGUCUUGGGGCCUGUGAUUGGUGGUGCCUUUGCUGAGUCCUCUGCGACCUGGCGCUGGGCCUUCUACAUCAACCUGCCCAUCGGCGCCCUCACGUUGCCGGCAUUCCUCCUCUGCCUACCCGCCUUUCAUCCCAUGCCAGGCCCCAGCAUACGAGAGCGGCUGGGUAGGAUCGACUUUUUCGGAUGGGUACUUCACUGCGGCACAUGGGUCAGCUUUCUCAUGGCCUUGACAAUGGCUGGCGGCCAGUGGCCAUGGAACGACGGACGCACUAUUGCCACUUUUGUCGUGUUUGGCGUGGUUCUCGUGGCCUAUGCCUUGCAGCAGUACUUCGCCGUCUGGACCACCCCCGCCCAGCGCCUGUUUCCGGGCCACCUGCUGCGCGACCACACCCAGGUGCUGCUCUACGUGGUGACAGCAGCCGGUGCCACCUCACUCUUCGUCGUAGUCUACUACGUGCCCAUCUACUUCCAGUUCGUCAACGGUGACGGCGCCGUCAUGGCCGCCGUUCGACUGCUUCCGUUUGUCGUCGUCGCGGUCGCGGCGAACCUCAUUUCCGGAUCCUUUCUCCACCUGAUCAAGACUUACAUGGUCCUCUACGUCAUCGGCGGCGUCUUCCUCGUAGCCGGCAGCGGCCCCCUGACGGUGUACCUGGACCCUGGUUCGUCGCCGGGCCUUAUCUACGGCCUCACGGUACUCGUUGCCGUCGGCAGCGGCCUGACCAUGGCCACAGGCUACACCGUCGCAACGCUGGUUCUAGAGAAGCCGGAGGAUACGGGGGCCGCGCUCAGCUUGCAAAACGUCGCGCAGAUCGGUGCCCAAGUCAUCGCCUUGGGCAUAGCCGGGCAGGUCUAUCAGUCGACGGGCAUCAGGAACCUGUCGGCGGCCCUGGCCGGCCAGGGAUUCACCGAGGAUCAAAUUCGGGGUGCGGUGGCAGGCGCACAGAGUUCUCUGUUCCCAGAGCUCAGUGGGGAGCUGCGCGAUAAGGCACUCGUGGCCAUCACGGAGGCGAUGCAAACAACCUUCAUCCUGGUACCUGUCGCUGGUGGCGUUAUGUUGAUCGCUGCGCUCUGCAUGAAGCGCGAGAAGCUUUUCGGGAAAGCUGUGGUUGCUGUUGCUUAG